AGUUUUUCAGUCCUUUGAGAAGCCAGCAGAAAAUGACACGUUCUAACUGCUCUGUUUACAAUGAGUCUGUGGAAAUAGCCAUGAACAUCCUACUAAUUUUGGAAUUUGGGCUGGGACUCACAAGCAAUGCUAUUGCUCUGUGGACGUUCUACUUCCGUUUGAAAAUUUGGAAGCCACAUGCCGUCUACUUGCUCAACCUGGUUAUUGCAGACGUCUUGCUGAACAUUUGCCUGCCGUUUCGACUACUGCUUGCUCUCAGGUUUAGCAUUCUAGAGACAUGGGAUUAUAAAGAGCUAUUCUGCUCGGUAAUACUCUUCAUGCUGUCUCUUUCCCAAGCUGUCUCCAUCGCAUUCCUCACGGCUGUAGCUCUGGAUCGCUAUUUCCGGGUGGUCCACCCUAACAAUAAAACCAGCUCUCUCAUAGCCAGGAAUGCUAGAGUCACUGCUUGCUUGGUUUGGCUUUUAGCAAUCGGAUUGACUGUUGAGAUCCUGGUUGCUCCUCAACCCAAAACCUUCACUGAGUGCCGCAGGUUCAGCCCACAAGGAGAGGCAAACUUCUACAGCAUCUGGUAUGUCAUCGUAUUCUUUUUGGAGUUUCUCGUUCCGUUUGGCCUCAUUUUGUUUUGCACAGUUGGCAUCAUCAGGAAGCUGAAGAAGAGCCCCCGGGAUUUGAGCAGUCAACCUAAGCUGCAGAAAGCCAUGUUGUUAGUGAUUGCAGUGGUGGUGGUGUUCGGAGUUUGCUUCCUGCCCAGUGUGUUGGGCAGAGUCCUUGUGUAUAUUCUCCAAAACUUUGAAAGCUGUGCAGCUUUUCGUUUUGCUGUGAAUGUAUUUGAUGUUACUGUCUGCUGGACCUAUUUCAACAGUGCUAUGGACCCCAUCGUGUACUGCUUCUCAAGCCCGACUUUUCGAAGUUCCUAUAGAAAGGUCUUGAAUUCUCUCAGGGUGAGAAGAAAUGAAGUGGAACCCCAGAGCUUAGACAUUUCCAAAGAUUCUGAAACUUGAACCAAUUGGAAAGAUUUUGAUAAUCUCUAAUGUAUAUGCCAGGUUGGAAAGGAAACUUUUUCCCCUCCAUUACCACGUCUUAUCCUGAAAAUGAGGGGGUCUGUCAGAACUCAGCCGUUCUAACCCCAUUCAUUCCAUUGGGCUGGAAUUCUAGUUAAACAAGUCAAAAACCUAGAUGUAACGUUAGCUGAUGUACAUCAGUGUAGCUCCAUUGACUUAAGUGGAGAUAUGCCAAUUUAUGCCAGCAGGGGAUCUGACUUUUUUUUUUUUUUUUUUUUUUUUAAACACAAAAUCUACAGUCUAAGGGCCCCAUGCUCCCACUAAAGUCAAUAGUAAAACUCCUAUUGACUCCAGUGGGAGUAGGGAAUGUCAUCUUAAAUCAGUUUAAAAUUGUGAUAUAUACAAAAGCCAAAUAGAUUCUCCAAAACUUAAAAUUAUUUUCUUAUGUUUAGCUGUACCUAAUAUAAAGAUUAACAUUUUAAAAAUGAAGCUUUACAAGCAGUUGUUCCUUAUAUGUUGACUGAAACUUGAAUUUAGAUUGUAAAUAAUUCUGUCCAAACUAGCCGUGUUCUGUUCCUUCAUGUACAUGUGAGGCACUAUUGUUUUAUUUUUAUAGGGAUAGAGCAGGGGUGGGCAAACUAUGGCCCGCGGGCCAGAUCCGGCCCACAAGCCAUUUUAAGGCAGCCCUCAAGUUCCCACUGGGGAGCGGGGUCUGGGGCUUGCCCGGCUCUGGCAGUCUGGCCAGGGUGCUGGGUCAGGGGCCUCACCACGUCGCUUGGCCCGACUCCGGUGCUCCAGCUGGGGUGCAGGGUCGGGGGCCAUACCACGCGGCUCCUGGAAGCAGCCGCAUGGCCCCGCUCCAGCU